UAAGCCCGUAGUCCUCAUUUUGAUGUUACAUUUUUCUUUGUUAUUUUUUACUUUACUUACAAUUAUCUUAUCGAAUGCUCAUUGCUUUUACGAACAUACGUAGUUGAUUGUUUUUUUUCUUCGUGAUUAUAUAUUUUGUCGUGCAAUGGAUGAAUUAAUAGAAAUUUUAAUUGAGUUGGAAGGCGAACCGUUUUUGAACGUGUUUAUUGAAAGCGGUCUAACUAAGGAAUCAUUGAAGCUCCUAAAGCCAAGCCAUUUGGAUACAUUGAUCGACACAUCGCAGUUUGGACCAAGGGGAAUAAAAACACAAGCCAUUCACACUGAGGCAUGCGCUUUAUUGGCAAAUGAAUAUCGUGGCGAGUUGCAAAUUAUUUUAUUUCUGCUGAAGUACAUCCAAACCCUAAAACAUUUGAAGCUUUCGCCAAUAAAAUUGUGGAUUUAUUUACGAGUGAAUCUAAAGUCUGAUCACAACCUAAAAUUUUUAUUAAAAAAAAGUUUUCUAACCUCGAUUUCAUUUACACAGGAUAUAUAUUACAUUCAUAAGAAAGGAAAAAAGCCAGGUGGAUCUCUGUAUGCUAAGUACCACAGUGUAUUAUUGAAACUUAGACGGGAUGGUCUUAUUUCCAAAAGAGAUGUAGAACCAACAACAAAAGGAACGGAGAUUAAUUCUUGCGUAACAGAUUGCAUUCAAGAAAAAUCAUGGUUAAAGUAUAACGUUGAACCAUACGAUGAAGUUCAACUAAAAUGGGAAGCGACUUUUGCUGUGCGACGACAAAUGCUACAAAAAGAUGCCAAUUUAAAUACAAUUUUAGAAGAAUGGCCUCAGUAUAAGCAGAGUUUUGGACAUUUAAUGAUAGAACUGGAUUUUAAGAAGCUGUACCCCGAAAAGCAAUUUGUAUCAUACCAAGUUCUCGAAAUUUUCAUUAUAAAUGAAGAAAUAUUUUUAUUUUGUGAAUUUAUAAAUAUCUUAGGGUACACAAAUCACUACCUAUCUUUUAAAGUAGGCCCUAAGAGCGGAAAUUUUAGAAUUAUAAAAGCAGAUGAAUUAAACUAUCCACCAAUUCAUGUGUAUAUUGUUAACAAUGAAAAACUCUUACGGCCAAAAAAGUUUUUUUAAUGAA